AUGGCGGAGCUUCAACAAGUCACGGAAUAUCGCGGACAUCGAGAUGAGCGCUGGGACUGCGAUGGACAAGAAUGUCCGAUAUGCCUAGCAUCGCUAUAUUCGUGCACUGAAACCGGAAGCAUCGUGGAUGGGGGCAUCGACCUGGAGGUCGGCCCGAGCAGAGGAUUGACAACUAGCGGCUCGCCGCCUACGAAAAGCAGUGUGAAAUCGACACACGUAUACUUGAAGGAGGCCGAGACAGAUGUCAAACCUUGGAGGCCGCAGCCUAUCAACGAUGAUGUGGUGAAGUUGAAGCGGUGCCAGCAUUUGUUUCAUGCUCGAUGUUUGGCAAGUUGGUUUCUGAGGAAGAGAUACGACUGCCCGGUGUGCAGGACAUCGUAUUACCAGGAAUCGGGAACAAAAGCGAUGGAAGACCGUGGUCGAGAACUGACGUAUCAGCCGAGUAUAGCUAUCGCACCGUUCUUCUAG